UCAUUUAUAAAGUGUAAAAAGAGCUAACGAUUUAUUUCAUACGUUGUUUUCUUAUUAAAAUAAUUUCAUAACAUUGCCUGAUGAACUAUUACGAAAUGUUGUUGCCAAACUACGCAGUAUAGCUGACCAAUAAGAGCAGAAAGUCUAGGCACCGGCCCCGCCCCCUCGCAGCAUCAGCACCUACGCCCUUGAUGACGUCACGCACUCAGCUGUGCGGUAAACAGCGGCGGUGAGCGUCUCCGGACUGAUGCCGACCGCUCCGCGGGUCGAUGCCGACCGCUCCGCGGGUCCCCGCCGACAUGCCCGCUGUCCUCUUUAAACCCUCAGCCAUCAUCACCACCAGCACCUCCUCCACCCUGCGGCACUGAUGAAGCCUCCCCUGCCGAACCCGAACCGGGCCGAAGGGCGGACAGAGGAGAGAGAGGAUGUACUGGCGCGUCGGGUUCGCGUGGACCCGCUCGUGCGUGCUUGAGCUGGCCCGGAACAAGAGCUUCUCGCUGGACUUUUGCGGCUCCGAAGGGCCACUCUCGCUGUAUGGCUACAUCAUCGCGUACCCGCUGCAGGAGUACGGAGGGAUCAUGUCCGCGUUAGCGUCCGACACCUGCUGGAGGAAAACCCUCUACAUCACCGGGGGCGCGCUGCUCGCCGCCGCUGCCUAUUUACUACACGAGCUGCUUGUCAUCAGGAAGGAACAGGAGUUGGACUCUCAAGACGCCAUCAUUCUGCAUCAGUUUGCCCGGCCCAAAACUGGAGUCCCUAGCCUGUCCCCCUUCUGUCUCAAGAUAGAAACGUACCUGCGGAUGGCAGACCUGCCCUACCAGAACUAUUUCGAUGGGAAGUUGUCUCCUCAGGGGAAGAUGCCUUGGAUCGCGUAUAAUCAGGAGCAGGUGUACGGAACAGAGUUCAUCAUCAACUUUCUGGAGGAGAAGCUCGGUGUGAACCUCAACUCCAGCCUGAGUCCUCAGGAGAAAGCCAUCUCGCGUGCCAUCACCAAAAUGGUGGAGGAACACUUUUACUGGACGAUCGCGUACUGUCAGUGGGUUGAUAAUGUGGAGGAGACGCAGAAGAUGUUGGCGAUGAACGGGCCGCUAAGUGACCUGCUGAAGUGGAUUGUGAGUCAGGUGACCGGUGGGAUUGUAAAAAGGGAGAUGUACGGUCAUGGGAUCGGACGUUUCUCUAAAGAGGAAGUUUACACACUGAUGGAGAAAGACAUGCGCACGCUUGCCACGCUUCUUGGCGAUAAAAAGUAUCUAAUGGGCCCCCAGUUUUCCACAGUAGAUGCUUCUGUAUUUGGCCAUCUGGCGCAGGCCAUGUGGACACUUCCAGGAACCCGUCCUGAGCAGCUUAUCAAAGGUGAGUUCAUCAACCUGGCCAUGUACUGUGAACGAAUUCGCCGGAAAUUCUGGCCAGAAUGGUUUGUGGAUGUCGAUGAUCUCUACUACGACGGACUGAGCGAUGAACCGGACUCUCCUUCCCAGCUACCGGAUUUGGGUCUCUACUCACACAGCGACAGCUUCCAGGAACUGGAAAGCCUUCCCUCACACCGCGACACACAGACUCCAGACAGCGACGUCACAGGACGCUCUCUGUUCGAUUCAGAUAUGGACACCGAAGGAUCGGAAACGGAGCCGCUGAAGGGUUAACCACACCCCCUUUUAUGAUGUGUCUGCACGGGCCCCGCCUCUUGAUCUCCCACGGGCCCAAUGGAGCCCAGUGAAAGGGUGGUCGAAUGAAGAGUGUUUUCUCCAGACUCUGACCAAGACAUGGCAAUAAAGCAGGCAGUGAAGGUAUUAUGAAAAUUUUCUUUAUAGAGAGAAAUAAAUUUUAUUAUACAGGCCAGAGGGAACUCAGAUCAUAGGGCAUAAAAUAUGAAGAUGAAAUAAAUAGGAUGAAAAGGAGUGAAUGAUGUUUCUACUGAAUCACUCCUCCCAGAGUGUGACAUCAUCACUGUGCUUAAAAUCAGCUGAAUGACAUCACGUGACUCCCCUCCAUUAACCAUCUGUGUCAUUAUUAUAAUACGGGUGGAGGAUGAAAGAAUCUUGAUCUUGGACUGCGCGACUUCUAAUGUGCAUGUUAGGUUUUAUUCAGUCAAAUCUCCAAAGAGAAAGGACAAUUGAUAUAAAUGGUUGUGGCGAAAAUGUGAGAGUAGAUUUUGGCAAAUACUGACUACAAUCUCAAGAAAGUUCAAUUUCACAAUCAUAAUUCACAUCACAUCAAAUCUGUGGAGACAUGAUUCAAAUUUUGUGUCUGGAAGUCUUAACAUCAUGGAUUGUAGUCAGCAUGCUCGGUUCAUUGUCGUACCAUAAUUAUGUAAUGGUUCACCUAAACAUGAACAUUUGUCAUCUUUAUAUCAUUCCAAAUCUGUAAGACUUUGUUCUGUAGAAAAGAAAGGACAAAACAGCAUGAAUAUUCAUUGUAAAUCUUAUUCAAACUUGGCACAAAGAUGCCUCAUGCCUUGUUUGAAGUCAGUGAUGUCAAAUGCCAUUAGGUUGUGUGUGCUGUGUCUCAUUUUUAUCUAUUUGUUUUAGCUGCCAAUAUAAACGUCAUUUAUUUCCGCCUGUUAAAUGCAGCUCCAUUACAGCAAUCUUCAUCUUUUGUAUGUGUGUCAAAAGAUGACUUGUGUUUGUCAAACAGCAAACGCUUGAGAUCUGUAUUUGUGUUAUGCAAGAGCGCCCCCUUGUGUACUGCAUCACAUAUUGAUACUACAACCCCCCCCACGUAAUAUGAUUUUGUAAGAAAUAGAACAGAAUAAUGUUGUAAUACAGCAAUAUUACAAAAACUGGCUUAUUAAAAUGCCGCUAUCACAGAGAGGAGGUGCAUAACACAAUGCAGAAGAGGAGGGAUCGAGCUGAUGCUGGUGUGUGUGUGUUUGCUGCAUGAGUGAGUCACCUUGUCAUCGUCACACACGAGUUCCUGUAGGAAGUGAUCUCAGAGGGGUUCAUACACAACCAAUCAUACACAAGACAGGAGACUGCUGCUUUUUCUGUUUCAUAGUGAUGUAUAAUCGGUACUCAGCUGUGCCAUGUACAUAUUUCUUGUUACAUGCAAUGCCCUUUCAUUUGAAAAAAUAUAUUUUAACCUAACCAUGCAGUAGGAUACAUGUCUCUUAUUAAAAGAUAAAUGAAAAGUGUUGAUAUUUUCAUGUCUUACAUGCACUUAUCUACUGUUGGAAAUCAGGACACCUGUAGUAAGAAAUAAUUUCAUAUAAAUAACAUUUAGAUCUUAAAUGUGUAAACUGGUGCUUUUAGGG